AUGGGCUGCAUUGGCCCCAACGAAAGCAAACUGGGCUUUGAUCCCAAAGUGCUCCAGGACAAGUAUCGAGCAGAACGCGACAAACGUCUGCGCAGUGAUGGUACCAAUCAAUACGUGCCGUUGGAUCAAGAUAGUCUGCCAGAUCCCUAUAUUGAGUCACCAAUUACCCGCGGCCCCAUCCAGGAAGAUAUCGACUUUCUCACCAUGGGAGCUGGAAUCACUAACAUCAGGAUUGUCGAAAAGGCUGGGGACUUUGGUGGGAUAUGGUACUGGAACCGGUAUCCUGGGGCGGGCUGUGAUACCGAAGCGCAUAUCUACAUGCCGUUGCGGGAAGAGUUAGGUCCCAUCCCAGCCGAAAAGUACGCAAAGGCGCCUGAAUUGAGGAAGCAUGCUCACAACAUCGGGGACAAAGCCCUCUUCCAGACUGAACUCCAGGCUCUUGGUUGGAAUGAGGAUUCUGGGCGAUGGAUUGGAACCACGAGUCGUAACGAUCAAAUCCGGGCGAAGUUCGUGGCAACUGCAAGCGGUCCGCUGCAAAAUGCUAAGAUUCUGCGUUUCCCGAGGUCUGAGACAUUUAAAGAGCAUUCAUUCCAUACCAAUCGCUGGGACUAUGGUUAUACUGGAGGAGAUACCACCGGGAACUUGGACAAGAUAUCAGAUAAGCGCAUUGGUAUUAUCGGAACAGGCACAACAGCAGUCCAGGCAGUUCCCCACCUUGCUGAAGGUGCCAAACAUCUUUACUUAUUCCAGCGCACUCCAUCCUCUGUUGAUGCUCAAAACAACCAACUGACCGAUCCGGCAUGGGUGGCCAGUUUAACACCAGGAUGGCAAAACCAAAAGAUGGAGAACUUCAACACCAUUGUUUCAGGCGGUCAGGCUAACGAAGACCUGGUCAAUGAUGGUUGGACUCACAUCAUCCGUAGACUAUCGGUUUUGGGGGGUAAGGAUCAGCCGUCAGCUUCAGCGGACAAUGCAUUGAACCGACAGCUUGCGGAUUUCGAGAAGAUGGAACAAAUUCGUGCUCGGGUAGACAGCACUUUCUGCGGGCGACCCUGCUUUUAUCUUCCAACGUUCAAUCGCCCUAAUGUGAUCUUGGUUGACACCGACGGUCAAGGUAUCGACAAAAUUACCGAGGAGGGCAUAGUUGCCGGUGGCAAGUCCUAUAAGCUCGAUUGUAUUAUCUAUGCUACGGGAUUCGAGUAUUCCGUCAACCAUACCAACAGGUCUAGCCUUGUCAUUCGAGGUCGUGGGGGACUUACGCUUUCGGAGAAGUGGAAGAACGGCGCAUCCACACUCCAUGGCAUGCACCGCAGAGGCUUCCCCAAUCUCUAUAUUAUCAGCCUUCUACAAUCAGGGGUUACGCCCAAUUUGACCCACAUGCUCGAUGAACAGGCAAUCCACAUUGCCUAUAUCACUUUAUAUUGCAUGAACAGGCACAUCAAUGUCUUGUAUACUGCAGCGGACGACGAAAGCAAAUGGGUUCAGACUAUUGUUGAACUCGGAAAGCUGCAACAAGACUUUGUGAAAGAAUGCACGCCUGGCUAUUACAACAAUGAAGGGAAGGAAUCAGAAUUGGUGCUUCGGAACUCCAUAUAUGGACUUGGAUCUCCCGCCUUCAUUCAGGUACUGAAAAAGUGGCGAAAGGCAGGGAAACUCGAUGGGCUUGAAUAUGUCAGAAGGGCGCAUAGGCUCCGAAACAUUUGGCAAGCACAUUUUGCAUAUGUUCUUCGCCUCGCUUUUUUUCCGCUACAGUAUUAA